AUGCAGAAUCAUCAACCGAACGAAGUGUCGGCAUCCCUACCUGAUCAAUCAAUCGAUUCAACAUUUGAAAAGCUUAUUGCUCGAUUAGAACAAUGUAAAUCUGCUCCUAAGAGUACGGUUGAAUCAAAGAAAAAGAUCUGGUCAGAAUUUCUUCCUAUUUGGGCUGAUAUUCUUCAAUUCACUCCCGAUGAGGCAACAUUGUGUUAUGAGAAAUGUACCCAAGUAUUAGGCACAUUAUUACAAUCGGUCAACUUUUUUUCAAUAAAACGCGAGGUAGACAUCGCUAGACAAAGCCUUUUCACUUGCAUUACUCAACUGAAUCGAGCACAUUUUAAAGAAUUUCUUCAAUUGCCGGAAGACAAGGAAAAAUCGAAUGGAAAUCAAAUAUAUUUCGCUCAUCUUGAAAAACUUCUAUUCGUCGCUGCCCAAUGUACUCUAUAUGUUAAUUUUACGACAAUCGAUGAACAACAAUUUAUUGCUGAACAUACCGAAUUAAUUAUAGUUUUGAUUGAACGCGUUGAUCGGGCUAUGCCCGAACAUGCUGAUUUCACGAUACAGAAAGAUCAUUCUUUAGGCAGUCUUAUUGAAUCAAUUUUAUCCCUUCUGUGGAAUCUAGCAGAUCGAACAGUGCUAGUCCCAACAAUUUUGAAAUGUGGUUUGUCAAAGAGAAUCGUAAGUUGGCUUAGACAAGCACCUAUGAUAAAUGAUAAAGGCCGACGACCAUUUAUUAGUAUUGCUCAUAAUAUUUCUCGCCAUGAUGAUGGAGCAGAUGAACUCAAUCAAUUAGGAGCAAUCCCAAUAAUCAAACAAUACCAGAGUAUAAAAACUACUACUGUUGACGCGCGUAACCUCAUUGCUAUAAUGACUCUGGCACUUCUAUCAACACCAGACCAAAUCAAACAGGAUAAGAAAGGUAUGAAUGCCACACUCAAUCAAUUGCUUCAAUUAGUGAUAGGCGCUGCAAAGGGUGAUCGCUUUCGAUGUAAUGGCUUUCAUGUUAGUGAACCAUUGGGUGUUCUCGUGAAAAUGUUUGUAGUAGAAGAGCGCACACUGGACUAUAUUCUCUGUCAUGCAGAAACAGAUCCACCUUCAGAUAUAGUAUCAACGAUUAGUCUAUUUAUUUCCUUGUUUAUGACUUUUGGAAAUGCUUUCAAAGGAAUUAGUUACUUAGAGCAAUUUACUCUGAUUGCUCUCUUGAACAUUUUUUGGAGUAUUUCAUUUCAAGCAAACUAUGCGCAGGAAUUAGCAAAUAAUGAACAAUUAAUCAAGAAAAUUCGAAGUUUACUUGACGAUGAAAAGGAACAAGAAAUUCUUGAACAAUAUAAACCUCGUUCGAUGGAAGGAGCUCUACAAGCUGCUCGUGGUAUUUUACACAAUCUCAAUUUUGACAAUAGGGCUGAUGUAAACAUUGAAGAGCUUAACAGGCGUCAUGAAUCAGAUCGGCCGGAAUGUUUAGAAAAAUAUAAUGAUACUCUGUCAGAGCUUCCUUUGCUACAAAAAUCCAAAGAAGUUGAUAUACCAUGGAUCAUGAUCAGUUAUUGUCAUGCUGAUGAUACAUUUUGUAGCCGAAUAUUAGAAUUAUUUUCAACACGUAGUGAAACAUUUCAUAUAUGGAUAGAUCGAACACACUGUCAGACGGCUAUUGAUCUAUGGGAGUCGAUUGCCGAAGGAAUGGAAAGUGCAUCGGUCAUUGUUUGUCUUCUUUCUAACAGCUAUUUGGAAAGUAAAUCGUGCCGUCAAGAAUUUGUCUAUGCCAUUGAUUCAUUAAAGAAACCAGUACUGCCAGUCUUACUGGGAAACUUUGAUCCGAAAGGUUGGCUUGGUAUCCGUAUGUCUGGCUUGAAGUAUGUUCGUUUUCGAGAUCUGUUACAGCCAGAUUCAAGUAAAUUAACUGAAUUGGUAAAUACUGUGAUAAGUUCACUGCCACAAGGCAAAACUAUGGCUAUCAAACAUCUUUCAUCACCACAGCAUCAUGAUCCGCCAAUAUCUACUGUUUCAGUCACUUUGUUGGCCCCUCUGAAUCUACGUCCUUUUGAUCAAUUAACUUGGUCAGUCGAAGAUAUUCAUAACUGGUUUGCCUAUCAUCACAUAUCAAGAGAACUUCGUGAUUUGUUUGAUUUUCAAAACGGUGAAGAAAUGCUCGACUAUGCUCAAUUACUUACAAAAGAUCGGGAAAAACAGAUGAAGAUCUACUCAAACGUCUAUGCUAAAAAAUAUGCUGGCAGUGAAAUGGCUCCACAUGAUUUUAUUCGAUUUUCCAAAGCACUGAAGCAACUAUUUAAAGAACAUCAGCCCGUCUCAUCUGUGAUUGAGCAGAAAUCAUCUAUGCAAAACAAAACAAGCGUUUGCACUAUCCUAUAA